GUGCCCAAGCUGCUUGCAAAGGAAGCUUGGGAGUUUCGGAGCCCACGCUACGGGACUCGGGAGGUGCACAAACGCUCAGGUCUUCCGUAGUGCUCGGGCUUCACCUCUACAGCAGCCAGCACCUUUCCUGGGGUCCGACCUGCCUCAUUCCGAGGCCUUUGGCUCCUGUCCCAGAAAGCCGGCGUCCUGCUGCGGCAUGCCCCAGCUCAGACUCCUGCCCAGGAGGGCCUGGGCUGCCUUGCUCAGCCAGCUCCUGCGACCUCCCUGUGCUUCUUCCUCGGGGGCGGUCCACUGUCAUAGCCAGGGUCAAGAGUCUUUGCAGUUUGGUGAUCCAGAGAGUCAGAGAUGUCACAGGCAUUGCCAGUGUCCAGAGGAGCCACAUCUCCCAUUCCUUUUUCUGUCAGGUUGCAAAGGCAGUGUUAACAUCCCAAUUGAAACCACAUCAAGACAAACCAAAUUUUAUUAUCAAGACUCCAAAGGGCACCAGGGAUCUUAGUCCCCAGCAGAUGGUUGUGAGGGAGAAAAUUCUUGAUUUGGUUGUUAGCUGCUUUAAACGUCAUGGAGCAAAGGGAUUGGAUACCCCAGCAUUUGAGCUAAAGGAAGUGCUCACUGAGAAGUAUGGAGAGGACUCUGGGCUUAUUUAUGAUCUGAAGGAUCAAGGUGGAGAGCUGUUGUCCCUUCGCUAUGACCUUACUGUCCCUUUUGCUCGUUAUCUGGCCAUGAAUAAAGUGAAGAGGAUGAAACGCUAUCAUGUUGGAAAGGUGUGGCGGAGGGAGAGCCCAACCAUGGUCCAAGGCCGCUACAGGGAAUUCUGCCAGUGUGAUUUUGACAUAGCUGGUCAGUUUGACCCCAUGAUCCCUGAUGCAGAAUGUUUGAAGAUCAUGUGUGAAAUCCUAAAUGGUCUGCAGCUGGGGGACUUUCUCAUUAAGGUCAAUGACCGGCGGAUUAUGGAUGGAAUGUUUGCUGUCUGUGGUGUUCCUGAAAGCAAGUUCCGUGCUGUCGGCUCCUCAAUAGACAAACUAGACAAGAUGUCUUGGAAAGAUGUGAGACAUGAGAUGGUGGCAAAGAAAGGCCUGGCUCCUGAGGUGGCUGAUCAAAUUGGGGAUUAUGUCCAAUGUCAUGGUGGGGUGACCCUGGUAGAGCAAAUGUUCCAGGAUCCCAGACUAUCCCAGAACAAGCAGGCCCUGGAGGGUCUGGAGGACCUGAAGCUGCUGUUUGAAUACCUGACUUUAUUUGGAAUCUCUGAAAAGAUCUCCUUUGACUUAAGCCUGGCUCGGGGCCUGGACUACUAUACAGGAGUGAUCUAUGAAGCAAUACUGCUGCAGUCCCCAGCUCAGGCUGGGGAGGAGCCCCUGAGUGUGGGCAGUGUGGCUGCUGGUGGGCGCUAUGACGGGCUGGUGGGCAUGUUUGACCCCAACGGCCACAGUGUGCCAUGUGUGGGGCUCAGCAUUGGGGUAGAGCGAAUAUUCUCCAUUGUGGAGCAGAGGAUGAAGACUUUAGGUGAGAGGGUACGGACCACAGAGACCCAAGUGUUUGUGGCCACACCACAGAAGAACUUUCUACAAGAACGGUUGAAGCUAAUUGCAGAGCUUUGGGAUGCUGGGAUCAAGGCAGAGAUGCUAUACAAGAACAACCCUAAAUUAUUAACCCAACUGCACUAUUGUGAGAACAUGGGCAUUCCCCUGGUGGUCAUUAUUGGUGAGCAAGAACUGAAAGAAGGGGUUAUCAAGCUCCGUUCAGUGGCCAGCAGAGAGGAGGUGGCCAUUAAACGUGAAAAUCUUGUGGCUGAAGUUCAGAAGCGACUAUCUAAGUCUUGAUCCUUGCCUGAUUGCCUCUGUUGCUCUUUGUAGAAAAGGUUUCCUCUAGAGCUGAGUUUCUGAUGGACUUUACAGCAGCUGGCCAGGAUGGGUGACAAGGAUCUUCUGCCUCCUCCAUCCUUCCUGGGUACAGAACUAUACAAGGCCCUGAAGAUUCCUGAGCUAGUGCAAGCAGCUAUUCUGCAUGGAUGCAGAUGGCUGAUAUGUGAAAGAGACACGCUAUAGCUGCAGAGGCAAAUUUGAAGUGCCACUGAAUGCUGUCAGGAGGUGCUGAGAUGGUUGCUAUGAGCAAGGCUCUGGGAGACUCACCUCAGGCUGACGAUUCUGAACCGUUGUGAUCAGAAGCCAGAACUUAGUCUUCUGCUGCAGCUUCACAACCAGAUUGUGGAGAAUUUGUCCACAACCAGCCCUUGGCCUAUCCAGGGAGUUUUGGGAAGGCAACAGGGAGGGGCAACGGCUGCUUUCUGCUUUGUUUGAGGACAGAGAUGCUAUCCCAAGGGCAUGGCAGUACCCAUAUUGAUUUGGCAUCUCUCCAGGGCCAUCCACAGCUAACAGAUAGCAGGGUGGAGCUAUCUGUUUAAUAAUCUUGAACAUUGAACUUAACAGGUGACUUGACAAGGCAGAGAUAUGAUCUUUUGAGAUUUUGGAGACCAUUUCCUGUGCCAGAAUCACAGCUCCGACUAUUCCAUGCCAUGGAGACUGUUCUAGAAGUGGUUGGAUAAUAUGUUAAAUAAAAUAUCAAGUGUA